CAUAGAGCUUGGCGUUUCUGCCAUUUUGUAUUCCUCAGCAAGUCCGUCCGAGUUGUUGUCGACGAACAAAUCGUGUCUUGACAUCCCUGAUGGUGCUCUUCACUAGAUUUGUAAUUGAACCGCGAUAGCGUGAAGAUAAGUGUGCGUUCCAAUAUACAUAGAGUUUAGUUCACCACAGAUAACUGGCAGGUGUUUUUUUUUCUUCACUUCGAGGUUUAGUAACAGUACAGAGCUAAGGGAGUUAGCCUAGCAUCUGUGCUAGCCUUCGAGCUAGCGAAAACUAAGCCGUCCUAGUUAGCUUUGAUCCGAAGCGAAAUGGCGGCCAACGCGGCACAAGCAGCCCCGAAAAAUAAUUGGGCUUACGGUGUUGGUGCUGCAGAGAACCAUGCUCAAGAAAAUCCAGAAUGGGAGAAAGCAAGACAAGCACUUGCUUCUAUUAGUAAGACUCAGAGCAACGCCAAGGCUACACUUGCCAACCAUGUUGCAGCAGAGUUUCAGGCAGGAGUCAAUGACGCCGCCAUGCAACACCAGCAGUAUUAUCAAUGGUACCAGCAAAAUCAGCCUCAGUAUCCAGGGUACACAUACCCAUAUAGCUACUACUACCCCAUGAAUCUGUAUGGAGUUGGAUACACACAAAACCAGUAUGCUGUUCCUCCAAGCCCUUACCACCCUGCACCACCAACCACAAAUGGACAGCCUCCCCCAGUGCCCGGAAUUGAAGACCAGAGCCCCAACUACACUUCUCAGCCUCAACCGCCCUCCGCUCCUCAGCCACCCCAAAGCCCAACCUCGGACAAACCUGCUGCUCCCCCACCCCCACCCCUACCUCCUCCCCCCAAUUCCCAAUACCCCCCUCCUCCCCCACACACUGCCUACAAUUCCAACAAUUCCGUGGCAUAUCCACACGGGGACCCCAACCACAUGCAGGUUUACAACCCUUGCCCGCCAAGGCCCAGCUACGGCGCGGGCUUUCAGGCCCAGAACAACUAUCAGCCCCCACAGGGUCCAUCCCAACAGCAAGCGGGGCCAUACGGAGCGGGCAUGGGCAGAGGAGAGGGUAACAAAGCCAAAACCCAAAACCCAGGACAGCAACUCUGGCAUCGCAUGAAACAGUCACCUGGCACUGCCCCGAUGAAGUUCAAUAUUCCAAAGAGGCCUUAUCAGGUGACUGCUUCCAACCAGCCAUUCUCACCCAGCGAGCAGCCUGCUGCACUCAGUCCAGCCCCUUCCUCUCCCGUGAAUGUCAGCGCGACCCCUCAGACACGACCCCAGGAUUGGCCGCCAGCCAUGAAGGAGUAUGUGCAGCGCUGUUUCACAGCCUGCGAGACGGAGGACGACAAAGAUCGCACAGAGAAGGUGUUGAAGGAGGUUCUACAGGACCGCUUGAAGGAUGGAUCCGCUUACACGAUCGACUGGGACCGUGAGCCUCUGCCAGACUUGAAGGGUAAGCAGUCUCGUUGGCAUGCGGUCCCGAGGAGCGUGGACACUUCAGCGAGUCGAGGCGGAAGCACAGCUGCAGCGUCGCGUGGCAGGGGUGGAGGUCACCGAUUGGGUCACUAUAGGAAUAUCUUUUCUCAGCGUAGUCCAUCUUCCAGCUCAUCACACUCUUCCUCGCGCUCCCCCUCCCCGACCCACGGCAGAAACCGUGACCGCAGCAACCAAAGACACCGGCGCAGUGAUUCUGGCUCUCAGUCAGACAACAGCCUUUCUAGCGAUCUCCGACCUCAGCUGUCGAGACGAAAUCAGAAAGGUGGUCGCGGGCGUGGCAACGACAGGGAUCGAGGACAUAACGGAGAGAGGGGACGAGGAAGAGGUGGAAAAGCUAGGGGCAGGAGAAACAUGGACGACUCCAAUACACCCGGUGGUAAGAAGAGAAAAGGUGGCAACGCCGGUUUGGACUUCCGCGAUCCUGACAGGGAAGCCAAAAAGCAGAGCCGAGCGGCACGCUUCCAGAAGCAGCUUCGCUCGGAGCCCCUGGUGUUGUCCGUCAACCAUAUGGACAUGCCUGAUGGGACACAGGAGGGCCUCAGCUGGGAAGACUGUCCCAUUGUUGGCACAUGUCAGGACAUAACAAAGUGUUACCUGAGGCUCACCUGUGCCCCAGACCCCGCCACUGUUCGGCCUAUUCAUGUGUUAAAAAAAUCUUUACAGGCGGUGAAAGCGGACUGGAAAACCAAACAGGACUACCCUUACGCUUGUGAACAGAUGAAGUCCAUACGACAGGACCUCACGGUCCAAGGAGUUCGUACCGAAUUCACCGUGGAAGUCUACGAGUGUCACGCACGCAUUGCCCUGGAAAAGGGCGACCAUGAGGAAUUCAACCAGUGUCAGACGCAGCUGAAGGCCCUCUACAAGGACAACCCCUCAGAGAACGUCGGAGAGUUUACCUCCUAUCGCUUGUUGUACUACAUCUUCACCAAAAACUCUGGAGAUCUCAUCACCGAGCUGGUGUAUUUGACGCCGGCACUGAAAGCGGACGUGUGUGUCGCUCACGCGCUGGCUCUGCGCGCCGCCUGGGCUCUGGGAAACUACCGCCGUUUCUUCAAGUUGUAUCAGGAGGCUCCCCGCAUGGCCGCAUACCUCAUCGACAAGUUUGUCGAAAGGGAAAGAAAGGUUGCGCUUCGGGCCAUUGUCAAAACGUUUCGGCCUGACUUGCCGGUGGAGUAUGUGCAGUCCACACUAGGCUUCCCUACUUUAGAAUCCUGUAUGGAGUUUCUUACUGGGUUGGGUGUCACGUUUACCCCCUCAGACCCUCUAAGAAUAGACUGCAAAAGCAGCACCACCACACUGGCGGCCUCCUGAGUGGGGGGGGGGGCGGCCCUUGCGCAUUUAAAGGGGGCGGGCGCGUAGUCGCGGGCCCGCACUGAUCCAGAGUAUUGACGAAUGCAGCGCACUUUUUUUAAAUACCUCGGCCAGUUCCGUGAGGCAGACCAGUACCCGUGUAGGACCUCGUAGAACGUCGUGACUCGAAGUCCCACGUCAGAUGAAAGUUCCGAAUCCAGAAGUCAUUUAGCGGCUUUAGACAAAUGGCGCUACGGGUUCUCUUUGUACACGCAGGCACACAAAGCUCCUCUCACGACAAGUCAGCGAGGCAGAAAGCGCCCCCCGCCUUCAUUGUAGCUUCUCCCCAGCUGCUUCCGUUCACCCAACACUUUAGAGGCCAAAGAGUCACACAGCCAGUUGAGGGAGGGGGCGCUCACGCGAUGCUUCCUGUUCCGUUAGCCCUGUCAGAUGUCAACGCUAACAGUGUGCUGUUAUGUUUUCUUCCUUCCCCAAGUCAACAGCUCCAAGACCUCAAGUCUCAAGAAGAAGGUACUCAGCUGGUCCGAGUCAUGUUUGAAGACCAUACAAGCAUGCGGCUCAAUAUAGACUGUGGCCCAGAACGACAAAAAAAAGAGCAAGCAAAGAUCCCCGGCAAGCUUAUCAUGAAGAAGUGGAAGCUGUGGUUUGUAUGUCCGCCCGAUCCCGAAGGUCUGUGGCUUCUGGUGCGGUUCCUCGUCUACAGUUUCCCCGAAGAGGAGAGUUUGGGACUCAAGUUCACGUCACUGGUCAAGUGACAUCCAGUCAGGAAGCAAUGACUCUUGAGACGGAAGCGCGUUCUUGGUCAAGGUCGUCGAAAGUUCACAUCUCCAACCCUGAAGGCGAGCUCCAUCUGCGCCGAAAGAAGUUUGUGGUCAACCUCAGGUGAAGCUCCUUCCACCGGCCAUCGCCGGUGCUGGUCCGCCUCACCUCAGGUGGUUGUGGCGGAAUUCGUCAGGAGGACGAGUGAUGACAUCCAUCGCCCGGUUUGUAUGCUGUGUCUGUGUGGCUCUCGUUUGCAACUAAGGCUGGUAAGAGAAGGACUCUCCGGAACGAGACGGAUGGCGGCAAAACAUCACGAGGCUCGCUCCCAUCCCUCCGUUAGAUCUUCUCCGGGUUUUGGACGGCAGUAUUUGGCCUUUAAAUUGAUGCCGGGAAAGAAAUACGCAGCUACAAUGAUGGUGGCAAUGGCUUGAAAAUGAAUUGAGUCUCAUUGCCGUCUUAUCUAAAUUUCACAUCCACUGCUGUCGAAAUGUCUGCGUUUUUAACGCCGGUCAGUAGUUAUUGAUCGGGAGGGGGCAUCCAUGAAAUGAGUCGUUCCUGUUUGGUCAGAUUGACCUGCACAUGCUAGGACAGGAGCUCAAAUGUGCAUGAAGAAAAAUACGUAGUUGGAAUCAAUAUUUCUGUUUCUUUGAAAAUGUUCAUGUUGAGCUGUUGAGAGGCAUUUUAAGAAACUUAAAAGUUUUUUUUUUUUGUUGGUUUGUUUUCCAAGGAAUGUAAAAUUGUAUGAUAAUUGCUGUGGUUCAUUCUGCAGUGGCUUUGUACAGUAGGUGUAUCCACACAUGGUAAGUGUGUUUAGAUUUCUAUUGCAGAGCGUACCGAGCAGUGUGCGUGCGUGUAUGAUUUUGGUCUCGAGUCAAAGCGAAGCGACGCCGGCUGCCAAAGAUUUCAUGUAGGGGUGCGGAACCUGCGGCGCCAAUUGUGGCCCACCAGAACAUUUCACUAAUGACAAAAGAAAACCUGUUGUAGAAAAAAAAAGGAGCCCCCGAAAAAUGAAAACCACCCAGGUUCCCUGCCCCUGUUCUAAAACAUGUUUUUUGUGUUUUUUUAAACUCAUCUACAAGACUUCCUUGAUGUGAUUUUUGACCUUGUAAUUUGUGUCAUGACGAUUGAUCUCAACAUGUCUCCUUUCUUCCCCUUGUGUUCGACCCGUUCUCCUCACCCCUGAACCCUCCCCUCCCUCCCUAUCCUUCCCCGGGGAGUCGCACCCCUGCUCACUCCCACCAAGCCGCUCACACGGCUCGCUGCAUUGCAGGAGGGGGAACAUGAGGAUGAUGACGAGGACGCCGAGUGGGCGAACCUCCUCCGGAAAGCAAGCAAGCAAGCGGAAAAGGGGGUCACUUGUGAGCAAAUUGCAGUCUCACGCCAGUUGAAAUCCAAGAUGGAUGUGGUUGUGAGCCUCAUGUGCAACGAAUGUGCCGCUAACUCGUCCAAUGUUUUAUUUUGUUCUACCACCUCCCCUCGUCACGUAACUUCUUAUUUUAACAUGUCAGGCAAUGGCAUCAAGUUGAUUUCUGUUCGUCCGGUUGAGUUUUUAAAGACGAGCCGUCUUGUGUUCAGUAGUCCCGUCCGCGUCGUGAAGCGAUUCAUCUGCUGUUCUAUGUUCACCAAAGUGGUUCGAAGUCGCAAACCAGGUCUUAACACAUUCACACGAGGAAUGUUUAUGUUCCCUGGCGCCUAAAAAGUCUUGUUUUCCGUAUUUUUGCUCCCAUGUGCUCUUGAUUUACUCAUCAGUCUCGUCACUUCACUCCUUGAUAGCUGCCCCUCAAAGUUCUUCCCAACGCCGUAUGAACUUCUCAUCUUCUCCCCUGUCACCUCCUUUUGCUCUCAUCUUUUUUCCUCCCCCCCACUUAGGUUGUCUCUCCUUGCCCAUGCAUGCCCUCUGUCUCUCUCUCUUCCUGCUCUCAUACAUGUCAUUCAUUUUAUGUUGAGUAUGUUGCACUCGCACAUAGUCACGGUAGUAAGUAUGGACAUUGCAGCUCACUAACAUCUGUAGCAGGUUAUUUGGGGUUAAUUGCAAUGCUUGUCCGUUUUUGGGUUAUUUUUUUUCUUUUUUUGUCCCUCCCCUCAAACCAAGUUUUGAUAGCACCAGCAUCUGUAUGAAUAUUGUGUACAUACCCUCUUUUGAAGAAUCUAAUAAUAAAACACGAAGAAGCA